AUGCAGCAAAGAUUAAAGCAAGCUGUGUUGCUGGAAAAACCAAGAGAGCUAGCAAAAGUUGCUAGUAGUGGAUGGUUUUCUGGUUUUAAGAACCGCUAUGCUUUUCAUAAUGUAAAGUUAUGUGGUGAAGCUGCAAGUGCCGACGAAGCAAGUGCCCGGGCAUUUCCUCCCACUGUAAAGAAAUUGAUUCAGGAAGAAGGCUACACCUUAGACCAAAUUUUUAAUUUGGAUGAAACAGGUUUAUACUGGAAGCGCAUGCCAACAAGAACUUACAUUUCCAAGAAUGAAGCACAUGCUCCAGGCUUUAAGGCUGCGAAGGACCGUGUGACAGUGUUGUUGGGUGCAAAUGCUAGUGGAGACUUAAAGCUUAAGCCUGUGUUGGUGUAUCACUCUGUCAACCCGCGAGCUUUAAAGGGUUACAUAAAGUCUACUCUAGGUAUUCACUUUAGGUCAAGCAAAAAAGGUUGGAUGACGGGACAAAUUUUUUCUGGCCUUCUUGUGGAUGUUUUUGAAAAUGUGUUUAAAAAAUAUUGCAAGAAGAAGAAUAUAGAUUUUAAGAUUCUCCUCAUUUUAGAUAAUGCGCCAAGCCACCCUCCCACUGUUGCUGAGCUUUCUGACAAUAUCAAAGUGCUCUUUCUACCUCCAAAUACAACAUCUCUCCUUCAACCAAUGGACCAAGGAGUAAUAGCAGCCUUCAAAGCCUAUUAUUUGAGGCGUACAUUUAAGAAACUUAUUGAAGCUACUGAGGAAAGAAAUGAUAAGGCCAGUGUUCUUCAGUUUUGGAAAAAAUUCAACAUCAAGCAUGCAAUUGACAUCAUUGUGGAGGCCUGGGGUGAAGUAAGUAAGGACUGCUUGAGUGGAGUUUGGCGGAAGCUUCUCCCAGAUUUAAUUCAUGAUUUUACAGGCUUUGGUGCAUCAGAGGAGCUCCCAAAAAUUACAGAAAAUUGUGUUUCUCUUGCAAAGCAAGUUGGCUUUGCUGAAGUGGAAAGCGCUGAUGUUGAAGAACUGCUCGAGUCCCACUGUGAAGACCUCUCUACAGAAGAUCUACAACAACUUGUUGAUUCUGGGAAAAUAGAAGAUGCCGAAGAUGAAGAAGUCCAGGAUGCAAAACCACGAGAGCUUCCCACUUCUGUUUUAUCUUCUAUCCUGAGGGAAGUUGAUACGCAGUUGCAGCGCUUGGAAGACAAUGACUACAAUGCAGAAAGGAGCAGGAUUGCAGUUCGUGGUGUUAAAUCUUUUUUGGCACCUUAUGAACAGCUUCUUUGUUCAGCUAGAGUUGAACCUGAUGACUUGGCAACUUCGUCCUCCGAGUAA